ACGUAAGCGCAGUGGACUCCCUCGGCCGCGACGAACAACAUGGGGACGGCCGCCCGCCAGACUUUGCUCUUAAUUAUUGUGUGUGUGGUGUCUGGGGGUCUUAAUUAUGUCGCUGCGAACAGCCCAGAUGCAGCCUCAGCAGGUGCCACCGUGGUGGACGGGAUCGACAUGUCUAAGUACCACCAUUACGACGACUUGCUGCGGCUGGCGGAGACCCUGAAGGUGCAGUACCCGCACCUGGUGGAUCACUACUCUGUGGGCAAGUCCGUCCAGGGGAGGGAGCUCCUGGUCCUUAGGAUCAGCGAGAAUGUGGCCGAGCGGCGCCUCACAGAACCCAUGUUCAAAUUCGUGGCCAACAUCCACGGGGACGAGACCGUGGGGCGCGCCCUUAUGGUGUUCCUGGCGCAGUACCUGGUGGCCCAGUACGGCUCCAACCCCAGGGUCACAAGGCUGCUCAACCAGACCGAGAUUCACCUCAUGCCGUCCAUGAAUCCCGACGGCUUUGAGCUGGCCAAGGAGGGGAGUUGUAAUGCCUUGAGAGGCUCAGGCCGAGAGAAUGCCAACAAUCAAGAUCUGAAUAGGAAUUUCCCUGUUCAGUGGGAGAAUCCCUCAGAAGUAGAGAUGGAGAAAGGGAGAGAACCUGAGACAUUGGCCGUCAUGAGCUGGAUUGUUCGGAAUCCAUUUGUUUUAUCCGGUAACCUGCAUGGUGGCUCUGUGGUUGCCAGCUACCCAUUUGAUGACAGCAGCCGCCACAUUGAUUGUUGUGUUGAAAGCAAGACUCCUGAUGAUCAAAUUUUCCACCUCCUGGCCUCUACAUAUGCCUCAAACCAUGCUACAAUGCACCAGGGAAAUCUCUGUGUGGGAGAUAACUUCCGAGGGGGAAUUACCAAUGGGGCUUUUUGGUAUGAUGUUAAAGGGGGAAUGCAAGACUUCAACUAUGUGUAUGGAUCAUGCUUUGAAGUAACCUUUGAGCUCUCCUGUUGUAAGUAUCCCAUGGCAUCUGAGCUCCCAGAGGAGUGGAUCAAGAACAAGGAGUCACUUCUGGCAUUCAUGGAAAAGAUUCACAUGGGAGCAAAAGGUGUUGUGACGGAUUCCGUAACUGGGGAAGGAAUUGAAGGAGCGAAAGUGAGUGUGGAGGGAGUUAACUACAAUGUGACAACUUCAUCAAGAGGUGAAUACUGGAGGCUGCUCUUACCUGGAACCUACACUCUGGUGGCAAAGGCAUAUGGGUAUGAGACAGCCCAGGAGAGCUUGGUUGUGGUGAAUGGAACCGUUUCUCGUUUGGACUUCAAGCUCAAGCAGAUUGCACAAGCCCCUGUGUCAGCUGUAACUCCUCCACCUCCUGCAGUCAGCACAACUACUGCGACAACCACAACAACUGUAGCUACAUUUAAACCCAAGAAGCCAGAGGAAGAAGGAUUUACCUCAGAGCCAGAGUUUAAAUAUCACCAUUACCCAGAUUUGCAAGAUUUCUUGAUGAAGUUUGCUAAAAGAUACCCAAGUCUUACAAGAUUAUACUCCAUUGGUACAAGUGUACAGGGCAGAGAACUCUAUGUUUUAGAGAUCUCUGACAACCCUGGCAUUCAUGAGCCUGGUGAACCAGAAUUUAAAUACAUUGGCAACAUGCAUGGGAAUGAAGUCGUAGGACGCGAGACACUCCUUUUGUUGAUACAGUACCUGCUCGAAGGAUAUGGUGUUAAUGACCGUGUUACAAGUCUUGUUAAUGAUACAAGAAUACACAUUAUGCCUACUAUGAAUCCAGAUGGAUUUGAGGCUGGAAAUGAAGGUGACUUUGCUGGAGUUGUAGGAAGAGCCAAUGCUAAUAACAGAGAUCUAAAUAGGAAUUUCCCAGAUCAGUACUUCACCAACCAGCAAAAUCACGUUCAGGAGCCAGAAACUUCAGCCGUGAUGAAGUGGCUGAAGGAUUAUCCCUUCGUCCUCUCAGCAAAUCUCCACGGAGGGUCUCUGGUGGCCAACUACCCAUGGGACGACAAUCCCCAGGGGAGAAGUGGCCUCUACAGUAAAUGUCCAGAUGAUGAGAUCUUCAAGAAGUUAGCUAAAGCCUACUCAUUUGCUCACCCAAAAAUGCCACAUGGGAAACCGUGCAAUAGUCCAAAUGUGGUAUUCCCAGAUGGUAUCACAAAUGGUGCCAGGUGGUAUAGUGUAUCAGGUGGUAUGCAAGACUACAAUUACUUGCAUUCAAACUGCUUUGAAAUAACAGUUGAGAUGUCAUGUAAUAAGUAUCCAUAUGCAAAGGACUUGCCAAGAUACUGGAUAGAAAACAAGAAUUCUCUAAUUACAUUCAUGGAACAGGUCCACACUGGGUUGAAAGGAUUUAUUUUGGAUGAAAAUAAUAAUCCUAUCAGUAAUGCUACAAUCUCAGUAGCAGAUAUUGAUCAUGACAUUUCAUCAGCUACUGAUGGUGAUUAUUGGAGACUUCUUGCUCCAGGAGAGUACCUUAUUACAGUGCAUGCCCCAGGGUAUGAGCCAAGUAGCAAGAAGGUUGAAGUUCCGCACUUGUGGUCGAAGCAGGUCAACUUCACCCUAAAGACUUCUGACUCUCAGGACUGGUCUCUGCGGGAAGAUUUCAGCAUCACGGAAAACCUUGGGGAGACCUAUUUGAGCAACUCAGAGCUCAGUGCAGCCAUGGCCAAGAUUGAAAACGAAUACAGGGAAGUGGCCGAAUUUUUGGCCAAUGAGAAUGAGUGGAGUAUGAAAAUCCAUGCUCUCUAUAUGGCUGCUGAGCAAGAGUCAUCAUUUGACAACAGAGUUCGAGUAUUGAUACUUGGGGGGCUGUACGGUGCUCAGCCUGUUGGUCGUGAGCUUGUCAUUCGUCUUGCUCGACACCUGGGAGCAGGAUGGACCAAAAAGGACACAAAGAUACAAACUUUGCUGGAGAAUACGAGGAUUUUCCUUGUGCCAGCAAUUGAUAUUGAUGGUUUUGAUGCAGCUAUUCCAGGAAUGUGUGGAUACAGCAAACUAAGUGAGAUGCAGAAUGAGGUUGGAGGCUUAUUCUCACCAGAGAUAAGCAAUACUUAUGCUCAGGCUGUGAUUUCAAUGUUGGAGCAGAUCAAACCACAUGUUGUGCUCUCCCUCGAGUCUGGAGGAAUCUUUAUGAGGUUCCCACGAGAUGACCCCUCGGCAAACACUCCCAUGACUCCAGAUGAGGCCAAUUUCCAGUUUUUGACAGAGACAUAUGCACAUGGGCAUCCUACAAUGCUGCAGGCUGAGAACCCAUGCUCACAAUUUACCGAAAGUGCACCAACAGGCAUACUCCAUGGCCAGGCACUGGGUGCUUACAAAAAUUCCCUGCUGGACUACACCUACAAUAAUAUGAAUGCUACACUUAUGGUUGCAGCACAUGUGAGCUGCUGCAAUUACCCUGAAGGCUGGCAGCUGAAAACACUAUGGCGGGAAAAUAAGAAUUCCCUAAUGGAUUUCCUCCACACCACUCACCAAGGCAUAUCUGGACAGGUGGUGGAUGACAAGGGGAAACCUGUGCCUGCAGCCAAAGUGCUGGUUGAUGGCAAGGUGGUGAAACGCAGAAUGGCCUCCUUUAGGAAACUACUGCCUGUAGGCUCACACACUCUCCAAAUAACUGCAAAUGACUUGGAGAACAAAACAAUGGAGUUAGUUGUACCAGCAAACAAGGAGGUCCCAGCUAGUGUCACUUUGGAUUCACUCAAAGAGAUGACAAUAGGCUACCAUUCAUACUACGGGACUGAGGAUCACUUGCGGAAGCUCAACUCCAACUACUCAAAAAUAUCAAACCUUUACUCGAUUGGGAGAAGUUCUAUGAGUCGGCAGAUUUUAGCCAUAGAAAUUGAUGCUGCAAGUGAAGCUAAACAACCUGUUGUACCUUCAGUAGCUGUAAUCGGAGGCCUUGGGGCAAGUGACAGAGGUGGCAAGGAGCUGGUCCUGGAAUUUGCAAGGUACUUACUUUCUCACUAUAAUCACGAUGCAACGGUAAGCAAAAUACUGCAGAUGACACGUGUUCAUCUGGUACCAACUCUGAACCCAGAUGGCACUGCUGAAGUACCAAAAGGCAAGGAUAAGGGUGAGAAUUGCCAGCAAGUGGAUACAAAGAAUGGCAAUGGUGUCGAUAUGGACACGAGCUUCACUGCUAAAGAUUCAGUGACCACAAAUGUACAGCCUGAAGUUACUGCCAUUCAGAAGUGGAUGACAGAAAAGAAAUUUACCCUGGCCCUUGUACUGAGGGGAGGAGGACAGGGAGUGGCAGUGCCGCUGUCUAGUGUCUCCAACUUCAGUAUGUCGCAGCACGAUUCUGAGAUCUUCUAUCAUCUUGGCUCAGUGUACUCGAAGGCAGCAGGACUACCUCAGGAUAAGUCGCAGUGCAAAGAUGUCAAGCUCAUAAAUGGUACAGCCCGUGAUUCAGAAUAUCACCCUCAUUCUGAAAGCCUGUUGGACUGUUUUUAUGGCCACAGUGAGACUUUGGCUCUCAAUGUUUACUAUAGUUGUUGUGGUACUCCUGAUGAAAAGACUCUGGGUCAGUUGUGGAAGAAACAUAAACCAGCACUACUUAAGUACAUAACUCUUGCAAACAUGGGUGCAAUGGGAUACGUUACUGAUCUACUUGGGUCUCCAAUACCCGACGCACAGAUCAAGUUUGAUGAAUCAGAGCAUGUUGUUACCUCCUCUGUAUCCCAUGGAGCUUGGUGGAGGCCCUUGACCACUGGAACACACACACUGACAGUCAAUGCUAAAGGAUAUUACAGUCAGAAAAAGCUUUUGCAAGUGGUCGGAGGUGAUACAGUAGUCUUCAGAUUGGAAAAAGAUGAUAGUAUAUUUGGGAUGCCUCGAAUAGUAUUUGUGAUCAUUGCUGGUUCUCUUACUCUGCUGCUAAUGGUCUGUUGCCUCUGUGUUGCCACUCUCCGCUCAAAACACCAAAGGAGAAAACAGUAUGGCUUCUACCAGCUAGGCAAUGCUGCUGACAUCUUCAAUGAUAGCUCUAGCGGCUCAGAUGACGAGACCCAGAUAAGGUUCUUGAAUGGAGCAACCAAGAACAAAGUAAAAAGUAAAGAAGAGAUCAAGCAGAAUAUCCACCUACAAAGACCUUGUUUCAAGCUCAUCAGAUGAGGAUGAGCUUUUCCUUAAGAACACUUAUGUGAAGAAGAAGGGGCAGAGGUGAUCUUUCUGCUUAUCCUCUAUGUAAAUAGUUCUCUGAAAGAACAAAGGUACAUUAGAUAUAGGUAAUGCAACAGCAUGGCACAAUAUAUCCUUUCUGGAUACACUGUUACACACUCACACUCUCACACUCACUCUCACUCUCACACUCACACUCAUACUCUUCAUUAUUAAUUUGAACAAUUAGAAAUUACGGUUAGUACAUUUACACAGCUUACUGGUGUGUUAGUAUGGAGCUUGGAAUUGCAAAGUAUUUGAUAAUGUUCAUGUGGUUUAAGUGGCUUUUCCAAGAUAUAGAAAAACAAAAUUCUCACUAGCCUAUAUUUACAUACCUAUAAGUACUUGUACACACUUGCACAUCAUACUUAUGCAUAUGUACAUGCAUUAAUGUGUUUAGGGAGUUUGUUUGAAUAUGUAAGUCAACCCCCCUCCCUCCCCCCAUUGCUUCCAGAGGUAUAUAAGAAUUUCUAUGCAUAGUGUUUAUGUGGAUAAGUAUAUACAGGUAUGAUACCAAAUAAGAAGGUAGUACAAGACAAUGAAAAUUUUUCACACAGUAACACACACAUUCAUAUAAAUGUAUAUCUGUGAUUUUUUUUUUUUUUCUUUUCUUUUCUUUUUCUUUUUUUUCUUAUCAUUUUGAUAUUGAAAGAGAUUUUAUAGUAGCUAAUAUGCUUAAAGUAGAAAUCAGUAUAUUAGAAACAGUAUCCUAUUUAUUAAAGAUGUAUGGUUAUUAGCCACAGGGUGAGAAUCAGACACAGAUUAGAAAAAUGCUGUAUUUGAUCUAACCUUACAGAAGCCUUGUUAACAGUGACAUCAGUAUUACCUUCACAAUACAUCUAAAAGUAUUUGAUACUGAGUCACAAUAUCUGCUUGAAUGAAAUUAUGCAACCCAGUGCUGCUAAGUUCUAGAUAUUUUUCUUUUAAGAUUUCUUACAAUUUUUCGUGUAGUAAAGAUGACUGUUAGAGUUUUGUAUUUUUAUAUAGUAAUUUCAGAGUAUUUUAACCCAAUGUAAGUGGAUUUAUGUACUGUCCCCUUUAUAUUUUAGAAAAGUUUUGUUUCCAUACAGAUGGCUCCACAUGUGCCCAGCCAGCAGUUGGCCCUAGUAACCGAUCCUGAUUUCCCCACUCCUUGAAUUGACCAUUUUAUUUUUCCUUCUUCUUCUUCCUUCCUUCUUCUAACAUUAGAGACAAAAAUAUAUAGAAAUGAAACUUUCAAAAAAUGAAGGAAAAGGGUAAACAGAUGAGAUAGGUAAGACUAAUAGAUGACUCCUUGGUGACUAAUCACUUGUAGAGCCAUCUAUGUGUCAAGACAAAAGAUGAAAUUUUAUUACACUGGGAAUGGCAUUCUGUCUUGCCACCCACUGACAUUGGGUUAAAGAUCUCUGUAAUUGUGAUAGUUGGGACUGAAAGCAAUAAUAAAGUCUAGCAAAAAGUAGUAUUUACCUGUCUUAAUCAUUAACUAUCUUGAAUAGAUUGGGGAAAUAAAUGAAAGAAUUAGGGUAUUAUAAAUCCGUUCAAAAUUCUUGACAAAUACAUAGUGCCUUGAUGUUACAAAAUGUUAAGUAUCAGAAGUAUUUUAAUCCCAUAAUCAUAUAGUUACAGUAUUUUUAUGACAAUGAUGAUGACUCCCCAGUUUUAUGUAGAAUUCAGUACUUGUUAUUUGAAUUUAUGUUCCUCCCUAUUUCUAUAUAAAAGAUUAUUUUUUUAAUGAAAUACAAAUAUUGACAAUAAGGGAAUCUUUUUUUUAUAGUAAGAAUUCUGGUUUAUAACCAAAAUGGAGAUAAUAGAUGAUAUCAAAUUAUGGAUUGUUGGGUACACUUUAUUUUCAUCAUAAAUUUUAGGGAGAAGGGUAAUCGCAGCUGAUAUUGAGAUGCUUUUAAUGUAGGUUUUAUCAAAGUUUGUUGUCUUGCAUUUGUUGUAUCAAGGUGAUUUGUUAUAUGAUUUACAUGAUAUUAAGAUGUUGACUAAAGUGCCUUACUAAUCUGUGUUAUCAAUUUGAUUUAUAAUUAAUGAAAAUUAAUUAUGUAUAAAUCGGUGGUUUAUAUUCUUUACUUAGUUCAGUAUCAGGUGAUUUCCACUCAUAUUCAAAUAAAAAAUAAAGUUAUAGAUCAAACUUGUUCACACAUUAAUCUCUUCUUUUCAAGUGAACUGCAUUCAUUGCAACAAACAUAGAGAAGAUAUGAAUGAAAAUGAAUAUUUUUGCAUUGUAAUAGAAGUAUUUGACCAGUUUCCAUUAUAUCUUCAUCAGAAAUACAUGAUCUUUAUUUGUGACAUAGAUAUAUAAUUGAAGCCAGUUGGAUCUAUCUCUUACACUUUGAAGAUAUUCAUUCUCAUUCAUACCUUUUUGUUCUAUUUCUUUUUGAAUGAAAUUAGGAAGUGCUCCUUGUCAUGUAAAAGAAGAGUGUCUUCAAUAUUUCUUUUGUGGAAUUGAGCAAAGAACAAAAGUAGAUAGAUUGGGUUGUGAUUUUUGUAUCAGAGUUUAUGUAAUUUUUUAUGCAUUUUAUAAAUUAGUUUAAUCUGUAAUUUUUGUAAAUUAUAUUUUACUUGCAAAAAUAAAUCUUAUGUUUAACAUUGACUUUGUGUUUAA